AUGUGCUGCACAAGGGGACCAAUCACCUUCGUGCUCGCUUCCCAUUGGCCAGGACGAAAUGAUCCCCCUAAUCGCUCAUCCAACCCCUCUUCUUUUCCCAUGGCGAGGCGGAUAGGACACCCCUACCAGAACCGGACACCUCCCAAGAGGAAGAAGCCGAGGACCUCCUUCACCCGCCUCCAGAUCGCCGAGCUGGAGAAGAGGUUUCACAAGCAGAAGUACCUCGCUUCGGCGGAGCGGGCUCAGCUCGCCAAGUCCCUCAAGAUGACCGACGCCCAGGUCAAGACAUGGUUCCAGAACAGGAGGACCAAAUGGAGGUGA